AUGGAUCUCGCCAGCCUUAUCACUCAACCGGGACCAGAUCCCCUCGCAAUGAGGAUGUCAAGAGCCUCUUACAGCCCCCCUGCGCCUCGCGUGGCUUUGUAUAAGCGCGCACCGGACUCAUACUUCGCUUCCGUGCCGGUCUCUUACUCCCGCGCCCCUCCUUCCCCGCCGGUCGAGGAAAUGCCCCCCAAAUGCUCUCUCCCUUCUAUCUCGACCCUACUCGAAGGCGCAGAUGGUGCCUCCAUGCAUGCAGCUAAGCGUGCAAGAGUUACUCCUCCAGUUCAGCGCGAGCUGGACACCCGCCUUCCCUCGCAACCCUUGGAUGCGAUGAAGGCCAAUGGCCCCCAAAUCGGCCUGCCACCUACGCCUCCAUUGCGUCCUGGUUCUGGGUUCAACAGCGUCAGCCACUCUCCCACCUCGUCGAUCUCCGCCGUCAGUGACGGUGCCGCCGUGAACCGCGCAGAGCCAUACACCCAGGCGCCGGCGAGACUCCCCAGUCCAUCGGAUCGGUCUUCCAUCUCUAGCCAGGGCUCCGUGGCUCCUGUCUCCGCCGCGCCUUACGUCUCUCCCGCCCCGAGCGUCGCUUCUUACUCCUCUCCCAUUGAGCCCUCGGCUUCCUCGGCCAUCUACUACCAGAGACCGACCUCCUCAUCGUCCACCUACCAGCCGUCCAGCAGCGUGCCUCCCUCCACUGCUCCUCUGCCAACCGCCGCACACCAACAGAUGAUCUCCCCUGUCACCCCGGCCUGGCAGCAUCACCACUACUUCCCUCCCUCCAGCACGACCCCCUACCAGCAGAACCACGACCGAUACAUCUGCAGAACGUGCCACAAGGCCUUCUCGAGACCUUCCAGUCUCCGCAUCCACUCCCACAGCCACACCGGAGAGAAGCCCUUCCGCUGCACCCACGCGGGUUGUGGUAAAGCCUUCAGCGUGCGGAGCAACAUGAAGCGCCACGAACGUGGCUGUCAUACCGGCCGGCCCGUUGCCACCGCCAUGGUAUAA